GGUCUUCUAGAGUUUGGUUGUCUAAUAAACAUCACUCGAACAGUCCACGUUCAGUAAACUGUAUAGGAUGAAACAGGAAGAACUGAAACAUAAUAAUCUUAACUUGCUUUUGAAAAUUAUUGUGGCAACUGCAAGCCUUGUGCAUAUAACAUGCCUUAUUUCAAAAUUCCCUUCCAAGUGUGUAUUUUUUACCAUUGGGAGAAAUUCUGAGGUAGUUUACAUCCACAGUUUAGGUUUCCCUUUUUUAAAAAAAGGUUAAUAGAAAUAAUGUGAUUUAAAAAAUUGUAAAACUUUAUUGUGGUUCUGUGUGCAAAUACAGUUUUCAGAAACGAAGUGACAGUUUAAAUUCUUUAAGGAAAAAUACGUGUGUGGGGGGGGGUUUAAACAAUAUCUACAGUCUUUGCAAGCCAAAGGUGGGACCCUGACAGUAGCACUGACUAAAAACAAUACUGAAAUUGUUCUGUUUUUCACUGUCCAAAAUGAGUGAAGUGAAAAUACCAAAAGGCAGAAAAGUUGAAGAAUAAAUUCCUUCUAACAUUCUUUGAUCUGAUGAGUUAUGUAUUGGUAUCACAAUUAAGGAAACUUAGUUAAGAAGAUUGUCAAACAAUAAUCCCUUUUAUGUAGACACUAAAUAUGGCAAACGGGGAAGGAAAAAAAAAAGGAUUUUUAUAGCAUCCAGGAGGGCUUAUCACGCCGGUUAUCACUUCUGUAACUUCAGGUCUUGAGUCUAAAUUUAAGAACUUAUAAAAAUGGGCAGAAUUUUCCUGGACCAUAUUGGUGGCACUCGUCUGUUCUCCUGUGCAAACUGUGAUACAAUCCUGACCAACCGCUCUGAGCUCAUAUCAACUCGCUUUACAGGGGCCACAGGGAGAGCCUUCCUUUUUAAUAAGGUGGUAAAUCUACAAUAUAGUGAAGUUCAAGAUCGGGUCAUGCUCACUGGCCGCCACAUGGUUCGAGACGUGAGCUGCAAGAACUGCAACAGCAAACUGGGUUGGAUCUAUGAAUUUGCCACUGAAGACAGCCAGCGCUACAAGGAAGGCCGUGUUAUCCUGGAAAGAGCUUUGGUCCGAGAGAGUGAGGGAUUUGAAGAGCAUGUUCCGUCCGAUAAUUCCUGAAGAGAUGUCAGCCUCUUUUCUGGUUUUCUUCAGUGAAACUCAAAAAAUAAAAAAUAAAAUAAAAAAACAACAAAAAAAUUCUACUUGUAUACACUGUCACCUUAGCAUCAGAGUUGGAUUCAUUGAACUAUGGACUGGGAAAGAUUGCGAGAGAAUUUCAGAUGGAAACUUCCUUUCUUUAUUCAUUUAAUUUUUACUUUUCUCCCAACAGCUGUUUGUAGAGAAUGUUGAACAGAUGCUGUAAUUUUUUUCUCCUUUGCAUUUACAUCUCUUAGAUCUGAGAUUGUAUCUACAGCUAACAGUGGGCUGAAAGGAAAAUAAUCUGGAUAGAUCUUUUGUUAGAGAAAUCAUUGGUUUUUAGUUCAUAUAAACUGAUACAUCAAUAGAAAAUUAUUUUAAGUCCAAAGGGGUUUUUUAAUUUACUUUCCAAUUUUUGAUCUAAGUUUUUAACUUUUUUUACCCAGUCCUUUCACCAGAUAUACUAGUUUAAGAAAAGAGAUCUGAAUUUGUGACGAGUGCAAAAGGUUCAGUGUUGGAACGGCUUGUGCUGGCCAUUGUGCCAUAUUCUUGUUGAGGUUGAUCGGUAGCACAGAGCCCAUUCUUUCUUGUCAUUCUUGACCCAAAGAUGUCACCAGUCUUCAUUUAUUUGUAAAGUCCCUUUCACCAUAUAAUUGCGAUUGGAAGCUAUUUUUGAAAUGGGGCAAAACUGCUUGGCUUUUUUUCUUUUAACUGAUGUAACUUAUUAGAUUAUUACUAUGCUUAUGUAAUAAUUGUCUGUUUAGUCUUGUGUUGCUUUAAAAAUCAGAAGCUGUUUGUAAUGAUGGGGUUUACUGAGUAACUACUGUUGCAGUAGUGAAUGUGUUUUUUUUUUCCUUUUCAUCUCUUUACUAACCUCAUUAAGUAGACAAAGCUAUUGCAAAUCUUAAUUCUUGUUCAAAUGGCUUUCUUUUUUAACCCACGAUUUUGUGUUUAAAACACAGCUACAGGGGAGGAGGAGGAGAAUGCUAGCAUGUGCAUUCGUGCAUACAGCAUACAACCUGCAACUUUUUUAAACAGCUUGUUUUCAAACACUGCUUCUGGUAUUGAAACUCGUAUCUAUCUCUCAAAAUGUUGUUGCAUCUUUCUAUUGUGAUGUUACACCUUUUGUCUUUCUGACUAGCAGAACAGGCUUGCCUGGUUGUAAUUACUGACUUGAUUCCUGCUUCCGUCCUGUAGAAGUCAACUAUUUUAAGAUAUUGAAAUCUUACUUACCUCUUGGCAAAAGUGUUCUCCAUUAUCUUUCUUAAGGGUGCCCAAACAUUGUGACUUGGAACCACAUUGACAACUUGUUAAGAGCCCAAUGGCUGCACCUAAUUUGAAUGUUAGUUAUGUACUGUUCUUUAUCAGAAAUAAAUAUGCAUAGAUAUAGUUUCUGCCUGAACUUAGAUUUUUGUUAACCAGCAACUAAUAUUUGUUUAACUCCACUAACAAGCAAUGUCAACAAAACAAGGCAUCCAUAGGCUCUAUCUCUGUAUCUGAAACAGCAGACAGGAGGGUGGGGGUGUAAUAUUCUAGAGGGUUCCUUUGGCCACUGGGCUGUGCUUUGGCCACCCCGUGGCUUAAAUCUGUCACCUAUUAACUUAAAAGUAGCUUUACUAUAGAACUAUGUCGUUUAGCGGGAACACAAUGUAGAUUCACAUACCAGAACUAUUUUGAAUCAAGGUACAUAAACAGUAGUGUAACUUGUGCCUCAAGUGAGUCAGCUCUUCAUGAGCCUGAAAAUCGCUGUUGGAGUGAUUCUCUGCAGUACUCUUCGUGUCCUUUUGGUGUUACAGUACAAUAAAAUUUGUGUUGUCCUGAA